AAAAUCUAAAAAAAAAAAAAAUUGACUGACUGACACUUCGCUUACUGCUGAUAAUAAUCUGUUAUUAAAUAACAAAAAAACAAAAUGUAUAAAAUUUACCACACCUAUUAUUAGACAAGUAGACACCAAUAUUACUGUAAGCGGAGAGACACUGGACAUAGAUUAUACACUUAAUACAUUUAGGACAAGCAGUCGCAAAUGAAAUUUGAUCGCGAUUCGCGUUGCUUUGCCCCUUGGUUGCUGGUGAAUAGCUGUACGUGUAAAAUUGGUGUCUAUAAAUAUGAAUAAACAAAGUGCAUUUAUUAUUGAAGAAAGUGAUGAAAAAAUAAUGAAAGAAAAUGAAGAAGAAAAACUUAAAGAGCUAAAAAGAAAAAGAAAUCGUGAACGUCAAAGGGCAUAUUAUCACCGUCAGAAAGAUUUGAAGAAAAAUGAAAAUAAAAUAAAAAAAGAACGAAAAAAAAAAGAAAGACCACCAAAAUCAAAUGCUGAACGUCAAAGGGAAUUUCGUCAACGUAAAGCAGAAAAAUCCUACGUGGAUAUGAAAAAACGAAAAUUGUGCAGUAAUGAAGAGAAUGUCGUGCAAUGUAGGGCUGUUGAAAAUACAGAAAACGUAACGAUACAGGAAAAUCAAUUUCACAGCCAACAACUUCAUAUCUAUGAACAGUGUAAUGAAUGCAUUACUCCCGAAGUUAUUCUACAUAGGAACACAGGAAUUCCUGGCGAUGGCGAUUGCCUAUUCCACUCGCUCAUAAGUGUUUUGCAACUUCAAAUUGAGAGUUGUGAAUUGAGAAAUCAGUUACGCGAUUCACCCUAUUUAAACUCCUGCCACAAUCCGCAAGAAGCAUAUAAGAUUCUAUCAAGCACUAAUGAUUACGGAGAUUUGGAUUGUUUGUACUUAUUUUCAAAAAUGUACAAUCAAAAUGUUUGUGUACAUUAUUGUUUUUACAACAUAACUACAAAGAAUGAAGACACUAUCUUUUGGCAUUUUAAAGCGAAUGAUACACAAAACUGGAUUCAUCUUCAUCUUCGUGAACAACAUUUCACACCUUUUUAUGAAGUAUCAGAUUUAUUGAAGCCAAUAAAAGACGCUACCCAAAAUGAAGCCCAUGUUGAUGCCAAUAUUCAACUAUUGCGUGAUAAUUAUGAUGAAGAUGCUACCGAAGACAACCAUAACAAUCAUGAAAAUGAAAUUGAGAUUGAUAGAGAAGAUCGAAUUGGUGAAAAUAUUAUGGAUUUUAUUGUUGAUGGUACUACUCCAGUUUACACAAAUUAUCGUAAACACAGCACAAGUCAUAUUGAUUUUUAUAAAGACUUUACCGGUAAUUCAUUUGGUCAUUCUUGCAUUAUUUGCGACAGACUAUGGUGGAAAAGAGACUUGAAAAUGUCGACCAGUAAACAUGAGAGUAUUUUGAAAACAAUCCUGCAGAAUUACACACCUGGUGAAAUUGUUCAAGUCUGCUAUACGUGUUAUACAUCUUUGGAAAAAGAAAAAAUUCCUCUCAUGUCAACCUACAAUGGUUUUGCAUAUCCGAAAAUUCCAUCACAUUUACCAACGUUAAACCUUAUCGAGCAACGAUUGAUUUCACCGAGAAUACCGUUCAUGCAAAUUCGUAGGCUGAGACACGUUAAUGAUCAGUACGGUAUUUACGCCCAGAUAAUUAAUGUUCCUAUCGAAGUCGAUACAAUGGUGAAACAAUUGCCAAGAAACAUUCAAGACGACCAUUGCUUUUAUGUGCAUUUGAAAAAGAAGUUGAUUCACAAAACUUGUCAUGUCCACGGGCUUGUGAAUAAUAGUCAUAUUGAAGAGUGGUUGUCGUAUUUAGUAUCUACGCCUCUUUAUAUUUAUCAUGACAUUAAAAUCGAUGAAUCCUUUUUUACCGACAAUGGAUGUACUUCGCAAUUGAAUAUGGACGAAAUAAGUGAACACGUGCCAAUUGAAGACAAUUUAGUUGCGCAGCAACAAACUCUUUUGUGGAAUGAUGAUUAUUUUUUGAGUCUAGCACCCGGUGAAUAUAACGGUAUUUCAAUGGAUGAACAUGCGGAAGAAUUAUCUUUUCCGACAAUCUAUGGCGGUCAAUUUCGAACAUACAGAGAUGGUGUUACUGUUACUCCAUUCAUGCAAGCUACCAGCGAACUCCGGCGUACUGAUAGGCGCGCUACUGACCCACAACACCUCUUAUACAUCGCUGCUAAAAUCAUGAGGUUGCGAGUUAGUGGAUGUGUCAACGUUGCGUUUAAGCAUGUCGGACAAGGUACUUCAAUUACGAAAGAGACCAUUGAAUCCGAAGAAUAUAUAAAUAAUUGUUUAGAAACAAAUCUCGCAUUCCUUCGCUGCAUACCAAAUUCCGCUUGGUUUUGGUCAGAUCGCAAAAAAGAUCUUUUUGCAAUGAUCAGGCAAUUAGGCCCACCAACUGCUUUUAUGGGUCUAAGCGCCAAUGAAACCGGCUGGGAAAAUUUGUUGAAAUUAUUGUACAAAUUGAAAAACGAGGGGGCGGAAAUUUCAGAUAAGUUUUUAGCAGAAAUGAGUUAUAUGUAUAAAGCUCAACUUGUGAAUGAAGAUGCCGUAACUUGUGCUAUUUAUUUUAAUAAAAAGGUAAAUUGUCUAUUAAAAGUUUUGCAAUCAAAGAAAAGAAGUCCAUUCGGAAAACAUAGAGUAGUACAUUAUUUCAAAAGAAUAGAAUUUCAACAUCUUGGUAGCCCACAUGCACAUAUUCUUCUUUGGUUGGAAAAUGUUCCUGAAGAUUUAUUAAGCAAUGAUCCUGAAGUAAUUAAAUUAAUUGACGAAUUGGUUUCUGUGUCAGCGUCAGAGGCGUCUGGAAAUAUAAAACUAGUAACACACAAACACACAUCCACGUGUUAUAAAAAAAUGAAUCCCAAUAAAAAGCAAGAAUGUAGAUUUGGUGCACCAUUUAUGCCAACAAAAAAAACUAUUUAUUUGAUACCUAUGAAAGACACUGAUCCCGAUUACUCAGAAGCACUUUUCAAAGAAUAUAAGAAUCGAUUUAAAUUUAUAAGAAAUAAUCUCGAAUAUUUUGACUACACGAAUUUUGAUGAAUUUUACUCGCAUAAUUAUAUUAUUUCUGAUGAUCAUUACUACAAUAUUAUUCGUGCUGGUAUCAAUAGACCAAAAUUAUUCUAUAAAAGAACACCAGCAGAAAAAUGGCACAACACUUUCAAUCCGUUCGUAUUACAUCAUUUUAAAUCGAACAUGGACUUUCAGAUUAUACUAGAUGAAUAUGCUUGUGCAACAAAUGUUGUUGAAUAUGCCAAUAAGCAUAAUAGAGGGAUUAGUAAUUUGCAAAGACAAAUAAUUGACAUAAUGGACGAGAAUCCAGAAUUCGACAUUGUCGAUAUUACGAACAAAAUGAGUAUUGACAUACUUCAGUCUGUUGAAAUGUCGGCACAAGAAGCUGCUUGGUAUUUAUUAAGAGAACCUGUGGCUAAGUCAUCGGUGGCGACAGUCUACAUUCCAACGGUAUUGCCUACUGAACGCGCAAGAAUUAGAAAAUCUAUGAAGGAACUUGAAGCUUUAGACGAUGACUGUACGAACGUUGGGAAAGAGAAUUGGUUCGAUAAGUACGAGAAAAGACCUGAAGAGCUCCGCGAUGUUACGUUAGCACAAUUUGUUGCAAAAUAUUACAUAAAUAAAAAGGGGACUUACAGUAAAAGAGAUACUGCAAGAAUAAUAAGAUAUAAGAACUACGAUAUGGCUGAAAAUUACAACGAUUAUAGGCGUGAGAUGGUUCUGUUGCAUGUUCCAUUUCAAAGUGAAGAAAAUGAUAUUAUCGCUGAAAAUAAGUUCAUUCAAAUAUACGAGGACAACAAAGAUACGAUAUUAGAACGUAAGAAAGAAUUUGAAUCAAAUUUGGACAUAGAGAAAACUUUACAAAUUUGUACACAGUUGUGCCGAGAAAACGAUGAAGAACAAGAAGACGAAGAAUUAUUAGGAGCGGCGCAUGAUGAUCCGAUUGAAAUACCUGAUUUCAAUUGUAUUGCUCAAUUCAAUCGAGAUACUGUUCCAAAAGAUAUUCUACACAACCCUGCAUUGGAAAGCUCUAAAGAUCAAAAGAAUCAUUUAUUGGUUUUGGAGAACCAACUGUUAGAAGAAAUGAAAUCAAGUGAAGAACUCAGGGGAAAUAUGAAUACUCAUUUUGAAACUAACAGAUUCCCGUGGUAUAAGAUUAACAGGUACCACAUAAAAACUGUAGUACUCAACAAGCUGAAGAAUGCGGCCACCGCCCUCUACAACUCGAGGGGUCAUCAGUGCUCACCGAUGCUACUGCAGAAGCUUUGUUAUCAGCUGAAGGAGGUGACCAGGGAAUCGCUAUAUGAGUACUGGUACGCCUCCCGCGAGAACUCUCCUUCGUCGGCCGAGUCUAUACAAAGACCAACCAAAUUACAGAGAGCUGUGGCCCAGAACGAAUCAACUAAAGCAUCGACUACUGAGGUACAAACUAUAACAUCAAGGAAAAGGAAAAAGACAAAUGCACAAAAAUGUAGAGAAUAUCGUGAGAAAAAGAAAUUACAAAAUACAAUGGUACAAAACAUAACUGCAGAGAGAUCAGAUGAAUGUAGUGAGACUGAUCAAUUACCAGCCAAAAAACCUAAAACUGAUGCAGAAAGAAGAAGAAAAUAUUAUGAAGCGCAGAAAUUAAAGAAACAAAAAAUUAAAAAAAUACCUAAAACUGCUAAACAAAGAAAUAAAGAAUGUUACGAUAGGAAAAAACAAUUUCAGGCUUUAAACGCUUUAAAUGCUUUAAAUCGUCAUUCAGAUGUAUCACGAGAUAAUUGCAGUGCAAAAAUCCAUCCAGAAGAAAUACGUAAUAAUGCAGAAGUUAGAUACCCGUCAAUAAUAACCAGUGCGUUUCCGGAAUGGCUUGAACUGAUCGAGAAAAGACUUGUAAUAAUGUCUGAAGACUUCGAAAAGGAGAAAUGGAUGAACAACGCGGAAGCUUCUGUAGACAAUGAAUCUCAACCAGACUUAGAAGUCAUUGAACCUUUCAUAGAAACGAUAGAUGUGGACCAAGAUUUGGACAACGAAACAAGGGAGCACGGGAGAAGAAGCGAAGAGAACAGUGAAACCAAUGGAAUGAUUAUUGAAAUAAAAUCCGAACCUAGAGAUUUUGAAGAUCUGGCUGACCCAUUACAUACUAUCAAAACACCAUUACAUUUAUACACUGGGAAAACAGAACAAUUGAUCGAAAAUGAAACAUGCAAUACUGAUUUUGGUGAAGAUGUGGUGAAGACUGAUAAAAAUAUAAACAUUACCCCUACUCUUGAUUACCUUCGCGUAACAAUCGAAAAUUCAAAUGAAAUAGUUCCGAAAAUUGUUUGUGUUUACGGCAACGUGCAUGAUACCCAUGAUAGUAAAGAUCUAACAUCUACAAAAGUAUGUGAAGAUGAACCAAUGAUUGUAGAAGAAACUAAAUGUCAUCGAGAUGACACCAACAAUGUGUCUAAUGCAGAAGAUAUACAAGAAAAAGUCUUGCAAAAGACAAAUAUAAUAUUAAAGUCUGAAAUGGAAGAACAAUUGCAUUUGAAUAUUUUUGAUAACGUAAUAGAAUUUGCUGAUAACAAAGUCCAGUCUAUUGAAAAUGAUCAUGUAAAUACAGCUCACGUUAUUCAGACUAAAAAUGAUUUGACUGUACAGAGUCAGUUAAGUUGUGAACAUGGAAAUAGUACACCAACUUUUGAAUCGAAAUGUCUCUUUGAUUUGAAAGAAGAUGCAAUGAAAAUGUCAAAAAACAAGCCGCAGGGUCGUAACUUAAAAGACAGUUUAAAACAACUGAACAUUACGGAAAUACAAACUGAUGUUAAUAAAAUUACGAAUCAAAAUAAUUCUGACAUCAGUAAUACAAUGAACAACACUUUGUUCUUAGAAAGUAAAUCUGGUGCACAAAGCGAAACUAGAACAAACGAUAGUAUGAAAGUGAAGAUGUCUAGUUACUUAUUUCAUAAACCCCGAAAUCGUUCGUAUGAUCCUACACAGCUUUGCAAGAAUCCGGACUUUAACAAGAAGUUGAAAAGAUUAACGGAUGCAUUCUUAAGUUCGCCGCGUAACAGGGUACUGCUCAAUGCUUGCAGGCCGAUCACUGUUGAUGUAAUGAAGGCGAUUGAAUCCAAACUGUUCAACGGUACAGUGUACUUGAAGGACUGCGACCAACUGAACUCGAAUGUUCCAGACCACGGCGCCGUUAGCGACACUGCGACGCGAGUUCCUUCAACAAUCGCUUCCCGGAGCUCAACAAAUAUUCGUUUAGUCAAUCCUGAUCAUUUAAUGUCGCUAUCGAAAUGUUACACAUCGAAUUUAACACAAGAAAGUUGCGGUGAUGCGAUGGAGAUAAACAGGAAGAUCAAUCAACCAGAUAUAACAGAAGUUCCUUGCUCAAAUCAAUGUUGGCUGACAAUUGAAGUACCUCCGCUGACCGUGCGAACUAAUAAUGAAAGUAUAGCUGCAAAUCCAGAAAUCAAUUCAAACCUAUCAUGUACAGAAAAAGGAACUGGUAUUUCGUCCAAAAAGAAACCAAGAAAAGAACUUUCAGUUGUGAAUAAUUGUAUUCUUACCCACGACAUCCUCAACAAAAUGGUAGUAAAAAUGGAUGAAGAAGAACGUUUUUAUAAUCCUUCCAGAGUAACUUUUGGUGCGUCGUCUCGGAUACUGAAGCCAAGCACAAACACAAGUAAUCCCAGUGAUGAAAUCAAAAUCCGUCCCUGUAGGUCUCCUGCACAAAAUACAACAAAAAUGGUGUCAGCUGUCGAACUGUUGAGUGAGCGAAAUUAUUCCGCUGCGAGUGACAGCCCUAUCAUGGCAAACAACAUCGUAAUCGACAGUGAAAGUAAAAUCGUUGAACCGGUAUUCGCACAGGAACAAUACCAGACCGACAAACAUGAAAUUAUAAAUACGACAUCUAAUGCAAAGACUCUGGUGAUAGAGCCAAUUUUCAAUCAUGUUACCGAAAAAUCUAAAAAACUUAUGUUUUUGGCGUCGCUUGCGUCUCAAGAAACGUUAGAUAAACAGAAAGAAAUAGAUAAAUCUCCUUAUUUUAUCAUUGAAAACAACUAAGACAUCACUGAAAAGAUCGUAAAAGUUGAUGCAAUCUCAAAGCCUAAUAAAAGUAUAAAUAAUGCAAAUCCUUCCCACACCAGAAGCAUAUUGGGUCACACACGUAAACCACCUGUAAAACAAUAUAGUGAUAUACUUACAUAGUACCCUAACGAGACUGAAAUUGUGUUUGAUCAGAAUACAGUGAUGGAUGAUAAUGUAAACAUACCAGUUAAUAGUUAUGGUAUAUAUCCCGGACGUCCAUCUGAGAACAAAUUAUAAACGAUGAAUCAACGCGAGAGAUCACGCCGAGCGUCGAAUCGGAUCCAUAACAAAUAUACCCACUACUUGUUGUCGAGUCGACAAUAACUUAACAAAUCAUCGAAAAUAGAAGAAUUCUUCCUCUAUCCCAAACUUAAUUUAUGAAUAUAUAACGGUAUAAAUAAUAUGGUGAAAAUAUGUCUAAUUUUAAUCUUAGAGCACUAAAAGAGACUCAUGAUGUAAAUAACGAAAAUCUAAAACGGAGAAACCCGAUUUUUUUUUGUAUCUAUAUCAAUAAAAAUACUAAUGUUGCUGUCGUGAAAGCAAGUGACGUAAGGUUUAUUGAUUCUAAAAUUAACUUUCAUAAAAUUGUGAAAGAUAA